AUGACGAGCCUGGAAAUAACUCAGGAGGCUAUAUUUAUUGGCGCCAAUAAACAAAAUUUUGUCUCGGACUAUAAUCCUGCUAAUAACAUUAUUGCAUUUGGUGCUGCAAAUACAGUUGCACUUUGGAACCCAUUGAGCAAAAAUCAUAAUGGUGUAUAUCAUACAUUAAAGAAACACGAGAACGAAGUUACUGGUGUUAAAUUUAUUCCCAAUAGUCCUUAUUUGGUGUCUAUUGGGGAAGACCAUGUCAUAAAUGUAUGGAGAGAAAAGGGAAAAGUGUACGAGUUUGUCCAAUCUUUGCAAGAUCACACCCAUUCAGUUACUUGUAUUGCUGUGAUAAAUGAAAAUAUCUUUAUAACAGGUGGUUCAGAUCACAAUAUAAUUAUCUGGUUGUUUAACGAAGAAAAGCAACAGUUUGAAUAUGGGGAUAAAUUUCAAGUAAAAUCAAACUACUUCCCAUUAGCUUUGGCACUUCAAGAUAUUGACGCUGAUAACUAUUUAAUUGCUAUUGGUGGUACCAAUAACAAUAUAUACAUUUACACUUUUGAAUUCAAAAAUGGCAAAGUAUCUGCAUUGGAGAAAAAGGCUGAAUUGACUGGUCAUGAAGAUUGGAUAAAAUGUCUUCAAUUUGUUACAGAAGAACCUCAUAAAAACUAUAUAUUAGCUAGUGGAUCUCAAGACAGAUAUGUUCGUUUAUGGAGAUUGAAGCUCAACGAUUUAAUUGAUGAUUCUGAUGAGGAUCCAACAAAAUUGGUGUUGUUGUCAAAUAAGCAGUAUAAGUUUGAGUUGGCAAAUGGAUCAAGGGCAGCAUUUAGUUUUGAAGCCUUGAUCAUGGGACAUGAUGAUUGGAUAAGUGGGUUACAGUGGCAUCCUUCUUGUAAAAAUAUAGGACAAGAACACAAAUUGCAGUUGUUGACCUGUACAGCAGAUACUGCUUUAAUGAUCUGGGAAAUGGAUCCUGAUUCAGGGAUCUGGGUUUGUGUUAGUAGAUUGGGUGAAAUGUCUGUAAAGGGUGCUUCUACUGCAACUGGUGCAUCUGGUGGAUUUUGGUCUUGUUUGUGGUUUAUUGAUCCUUCUACAAAUGAACACUAUGUUUUGGCAAGUGGUAAAACUGGGUCUUUCAGAGUUUACAAAUCUGAUGCAAACGGCCAAUCAUUUGAAAGUGUCUUAGGUAUAACCGGGGCAGUGAGAGACGUUAAUGACAUAAAGUGGUCUGUUAAUGGCGAUUAUUUCACUGCUACAUCUUUGGAUCAAACAACGAGACUUUAUGCACCAUGGAAAAGAGAAGGCAUUGAAUCUUGGCACGAGUUUGCAAGACCUCAGAUUCACGGAUAUGAUAUGAUAUGUUAUGACAACAUUUCACCAACGAAAUUUGUUUCCGGAGGGGAUGAAAAAAUAUUGCGUGUCUUUGAGAUGACGAAAUCCAUUAGUAAAUUAUUACAGAAUUUAUGUGGAACACAGAUAGUAGAGGAGAACGACCAAUUGCCAAUAACUGCUUCUUUGCCAGUUUUGGGAUUAUCAAACAAAGCUGAAAAUCAAAUAGAGCAAGGAGAUCAACAAGACGUUGAUAAUGAAGAUAAUACACCUGAAGCUGCUGAGGAUGUUUUGGCUUCGCUUAGUCUGCCCCCAGUCGAGGAAUACUUGCAAAGAUAUACGUUGUUCCCUGAAUUGGAGAAAUUGUAUGGUCAUGGUUAUGAGAUUAGCUGCUGUGCCACGUCUCCAAAUGGUAAUUUGAUUGCUUCUGCGUGUAAAUCAAAUAGUGCCAAACAUGCUGUGAUCAGAGUGUUUAAUGUUGCCCAAGAUUAUCAACAAAGCCAGCAAGUUUUACUGGGACAUAACUUGACAAUUUCAAGUCUUGAAUUUUCACCAGAUGGUAAAUAUUUAUUGGCAGUGUCAAGAGACAGACAGUUUAGUUUAUGGGAGGUGGUUAACGAGCAAUCUGCCAGUUUCAAACUUGUAGAAUUGAAUCCAAAGGCACACGCAAGAAUAUUAUGGGAUUGUUCAUGGCUACCAGUUGGUGAUUCUUUCACAACUGUAUCCAGAGAUAAGCAAAUAAAGUUAUGGAAAGUAUCUAACGACAAAGUUGAAAUGAUGGCUUCUACUAAAUUAAAUGAUGCGGUCACAUCUGUAUCGGUUUACAAAGGAAGCCUUUUUAACAACCAAGCCAUUGUUGCUGUAGGAUUAGAAGAUGGAGGAAUUUCUAUUUUUGCUGUUGAUGCCGCCAACCCUGAAUUCAAACUAAUCUCAAUACUUGAUAAAGAACUUACCCCUUCAAAUAGAAUCGAGAAAUUAAGCUUUAGCAACAAACUUCAUAAUGGAAAAUUGCUUUUGGGUGUUGGGAGCAAAGAUACUUCUGCUCGUUUAUAUAGCAUUGAUCUGACAAUAUUUAUAUAG